GAAGUGGACCCGUCGUUGACGUCACGUCAUACGAAUCCAAUGCUGAAUAGUAUUGAUGACAAUAUGUUAAAUUCACAGUUAUUAGGGGAUAUUAAAAGUGAAGCCGAUAAACGCGCAACAGUUGGUGAGCUACUUUGGACGAGUUCACUUCUUUCCGCUCAAUGUUUUUUGGCUUUCUCGCUUAGCUCUUUUGCUGCUGUGCUUCUGCUCGAACGAGCGAUUCCAAUGGAUUAUACCAUUCAUAAUGAAACGCCUAAUGUUGCACAUCCACAGUACAUUGUUACGACACAACCGGAUAUGAUGUUACCGCAAGGCAUUGGAUAUCAGCAUCAUGGGUUGGACCAAUGUGUGAUCCUGACGACCGGACACGAUUAUGUGCCAAAUUUUGACUACCCAAUGAUUGGUAACUAUCAAAUGCAAGCGGAACAGCAUGAAGCUCCUCCACCGUCCCAUGACUCAAACGACGAGAAAAUUGUUCCAUACGAGCAGUGGUAG